GUCUGAAAGGGCCCAUCGCGUACACGAGCCGGACUUGUGUUAUCUAUAUAUAACGAAGCAAGAUAGAGUGUGCCCCGCUAUAGAAAAAGAUAAAUAACACGAAAAGAGCCAAGCGAUCGUUCACCAGGACAAACAGGGAGAGAAAGAGACAAGGAGAAGUACAGACGCAUCUCAGCUGCAUGAUUCUUCGCAGAAUGAUUCUUCGGAUUCGUGACCACGCACUCGACAAUCUUUGGCGGAUAUCAGGUGAAUUCUCUUGAGAGAUAGACCUUUAGACUUUGAACGCGCUGUUAAGUGUAGAUGACGAAGGGAAAAAGAAAAGUGACCUGUGGGAGGCGCUGGGGAUCCUUCUCUAACGAAAGAGCAGUGCGGAUCCUGAGCGAGAUGGAUUAUUUUUCUCGUUAGAUUGCGCCGGCGUUGAAACCGACGAUUUUGCACUCGUGUACCGAACGCACCUCUUGCGUCUCUUGCGCCCGCAUGGCAGAGCAGACUUGCUGAUCCUCUGGAAUUUUUGUGUUCCAGGGUGGAACUGACCAGCGUGCCGGGCGGACAGAAUGCGAUGGCUCAUCUCAAAAAGCGGAAGCUGGAAGCAGAGUCGGUUACGCAGAAUCCUAAACAAACGCAGCAGCCGUCGCAACAGUCGCAGCAGCAAUUGUUGAUCGGCAAGAAGGGCCUGCAGACGAUCGCGCCGCAAGAGAUGGAGAUGACUGACGCCGCGACGAAGCGGAGGAGGAAAAGCGUUCGUGAUGAUGAUGUGCGAAAGAUCGACAUCGUCGUUGAUCCCAACAAAAACAUACCGUUGCCCCAGAAGAAGCGCGCGUUUACAUCGAGUAACUUGGGUAGUCCUGCCAGGAAGUCGAGCAAGCACAGCGAGGAACCCGAAGACGACGAGACUCUUAUAAGAGAAACGGAAGCCGCGUUGAAGAGUCUGUCAGGUAGCUGGCCGGGACCUAGAGGAUCCUUGUAUCAAAGAGGCAAUUCGGACGAGGAUAGAUACGAGUCUAACUUUGAGAAUCUCUUCGAGGAAAAGAAAGAAAAUCCUAAAUUAUCGCCCUCGUCGAUAUCAACGUCUUCGAGUGCGAGUAACGACACCGGUUGUUCGUUGAAGGACGUGAUAACUCUUCGCGGACAACAGGAUCGAUCGGGUAAGAUGCAACAGAAUAAACAGCAAGAACAUUCGAGACAACCACAGCAUCCGACGAAAAUUAAGAAAGACCUGGACAAUCUGUUGAAGAUAGAAAACGAAUGCGCGAACAUUCAGUCUCAAGUUAACAACGUCAAUCAGAACGAACCGCCGAAAAUUAGACCGAUUUCCGUUCGUUCGUUGGCAAGCAAAGAGAGGAACGAGAGGAACGUGGUGAGCGCACACAUCGACUCUCAGGGAAGGCAGUCGGACAAAUAUUCCAGAUACGAUCCGCCGGACUUCAACGAGUUAGUCGAUGAUUCGUCCAACGAACUAGAAAUUGACAUGUCGGAUCCGGCCGCUGACAAGGACGAGAGCGAUCGGGACAGAUCAAACGACCGGGAACGGGAUCGGACAUGCAAAAACGGUCAAUCACCUCAAAAUAUUAGUAGGCAACAGCAGCACCAACCACUUUACACAAACUAUCAAAGACAAUAUAACGAUACCAAUAUGAAAGUCUCAUCUACGGGGACUUCGUCGUCCUCGUCGCCGCCAGUGAGUUCUCCGUUCUCGGCAACAUCUGCCUUCAGGCCGCCUAACACAGAUCAUUCGAAAGCAUCGUGCCGCAGCUCUUCGGCGAUCCCGCCGAUCGGUCCAUAUCCAGCCGCCGCUACAUUUGUGGGAUAUCCGACGCCCGGGCCAACGAUGCCGACGCCGCAGCCUGUAUCCGGCAUCUCGCCCGCGUCCGAGGACAAGCACUCGUCUACAGUGUCGUUAUUGCAGCUGAAGUCGUCAAAGGAGGAGAGUCAUCAUGUGACGACUCAUGAUGUAACUAGCAAUUCUGUGUCUCCUAGCAAGAGCCCUACCGGCGGUCCACCUUCCGUCACGAGUCCCGAUUCCUCGAAACAAUACACGAUCCUUCAGCCCGCAGGGGUGGGCUCCAGAGCGGCCAGUGCGAUUCAGGAUAUCGCGAGGGAAGGGGUGGUGAGUGUUGCCGCUGUGAGCAGUUGCACCGCCGCGAGCAACGGCAGUGCGAGCAACGUCAACACCGCGAAUGCGAACGGCAACGGGGUGGUCGGCAAUAAAACUGCCAACGGGAACAACGGCGCUAAUGACAGCAGCAGCACUGCGAAUCCUGCCGGGAAUCCUAAUGCAAACAGCAUCGCCAGUAUAACCAUUACGACCGUGUCGACGACUACCACUACGUCUAGUCCGACAGUCGCUGCUGAUGUGCCUUCGGCGAACGGCCAGCAGGACAAUGUCAUGAAAAUGCCAGAGAGACCCGGCACUUUCGACAGUACCAGGCCGGGAAUGUCUAUGUCUCCGUCCAGUCUCGGCAGAGAGGGCAACAAGUGCCCGACCCCAGGCUGCACGGGGCAGGGUCACGUGACCGGACUCUACUCUCACCACCGCAGUCUUUCUGGAUGUCCACAGAAGGAUAAGUUAACUCCAGAGAUUCUGGCGAUGCAUGAGACCAUAUUGAAAUGUCCGACGCCUGGUUGCAACGGCCGCGGUCAUGUCAGCUCCAAUCGGAACACACACAGGAGCCUGUCUGGAUGUCCCAUCGCCGCGGCCAAUAAGCAGGCCGCACGCGAGGCACGACAAAAGGCUCAAGUGCCGGGAAUUCCACCAGAGUACAUCAGCACAAAUCUGUUACCCCCAUCAAUGGACACGAAGAGCUAUUCGCAGUACGGUUCCGCAACGCAAGACACGAAACCCGUACUAAGCAGCCUGACUUACGACUAUUAUUCGUCGACGACGAAGAACGCCGUGAUUAACGUAAAGCCACCGAAAACGCCGGAAGACAACAGCACGUCGCGUCCCGCGAAGGUGCCCAAGACGGAGAAUAUGACUCUCAGCAGCAGUUGCUGCAACGCAUUGUCCAUGAGGAAUCAAAACACGAGCGACUUGUUGGUCAAGACGGAGGAUGCUGCAUCCUGCAGAGUGAAUUCGCCCCCGCCCCCGCCGCCUCCCGCGGUACGACAAACGUACGAUUCUUACAUGAGCCAAGAUUCGAACUCCUCGUCCAUGUCGUCUAUGGACGCGAUGGGCUCGAGGUCAUCCAUAGGAGCGACGAUCCAUCACCCUGGCCAGCAUCCGACGCAUCACGUGCUACCGAUGCAGCCGGUCGCCUAUCCAAUGCCGAUGGUGGAAGACACCAGGAUGAGCCAUCAAAUGUCCCAAAGAUCCCCUUACGAGCCCACCGCCAUGAUGGCCGCGGCAGCAGCCGCGGCAGCCGCCGCAACCACUACGGAAGAGCUCUAUCAUCACAGAUCGGCUGAACACGCGAGAGCAUAUAUGCAUCCUGGUGCUAGCAAUAUCGCGCGACCAGUGGUAACGUAUUCCAAUGACAUAGCGGCUGGUAGAGGCUACGAGAACGCGGUAGUGAGCGCGGCCAAUCAUCGACCCUACGAUCCCGGUACCACCGCGACAUAUGAAAGAUACGAUACACAGUCUUGCGCGCCUAUCCCAUCGCAGCAACAGCAGCAGCAACAACAGCAGCAGCAGCAACAACAACAACAGCAACAGCAGCAGCAGCAGCAACAGCAGCAACAGCUUCAUUCGAGGGCGAAUAUGUACUAUCUGGGACAAACCGGCAUGACGCCAGAAGAGCAGGAACGAGUUUAUCAUCAGGAAGCCGCGGCGGCCGCACAACAACAUCAGAUGGCAAUGGCCGCCGCUACGGCAGCCGGGAUGAUAAAGACUGAAGAUGUGAAAUGCGUUACGGUCGCGCAAAUGCAGCAGAUGCAGAAGCCCGGUGGACCGCCUACCUCGCCCGGGGGAUCAGUGAUGGAUUUAUCUACCUCCAGUGUUACGUCCACCAGUCCGCAGGCACCACCCUACGGUUCGAACAGCCUCAGUCCACAAUAUGGAGGAGGACAGACGGUGGGAAGUAGUCCUCAGGCUGCGGCGAGUCCCCACUUGACGGCUAGCCCUCAAGUUCCUAGUCCUCAAGGCCAGACUCUCGAUCUUAGCGUCAAUAGACUCCAUAGCGGUGCACCCAGUCCACAGUAUUCUACCGGCCACGGGGAAGCCGUCGCAGUUCCAGUGGGUCCGGGUUUUCCAGCCCCACGACCUAUCGAAGAGCAGACUGAGCCCGUUGAUUUCUCAACGGCGAACGAGCCGGUCAAUUUCAGCGGGGGUCCGGGAAUCAGGCCUGUACCCGGGUUUCCGCCGCCUGGAGUGCACGUCACGGCGUAUAGUCGCGAGAGCACACCCGACAGCGGGGGUUCCCACUACAUGGACGCCUACCGAGACCCCACCGGUUACGGACCGAUGAGUCCUCACCCAGGAUACGGGAUGACCGGCGUUCAACCCGAAUAUCCUGGGAACACGUACACCCCUUACCCAACUGCAGGUUACAAUUGCGGUGGAACUUACCCGGGUGGCCCAGUGACUUCCGGUUAUCAGAUUCCAGCGGGUUACACCCCGGCGCCGUGUUACAGCAUGCCACCCCCGCAGCACACGGUUGGACCCCUCGAUAAACCAUCCGGCAAGGACGACAGUAUGAGUGUGAGGAGGUACUCGUUGAAUUUCGCACCUCGGCCCGCCCCUCGUGGUCGCGAUGGCAAGGAGCUGAUACAGUGUCCCACGUCGUCCUGUGAUGGCAUGGGUCAUGUCUCAGGGAACUACGCUACCCACAGAAGCCUCUCCGGAUGUCCACGAGCCGACCGCUCGCAAAUCCAGGCGCAUUCCCAGGAGCUCAAGUGUCCUACGCCAGGAUGCGACGGUUCUGGACACGUCACGGGAAAUUACUCGUCGCACAGAAGUUUGUCCGGCUGUCCACGAGCCAACAAGCCAAAGAGUAAACCUCGAGAUGGUCAAGAUUCUGAGCCCCUGAGAUGUCCAAUCCCGGGUUGCGACGGGUCCGGCCAUGCCACUGGCAAAUUCUUGUCGCACCGCAGUGCAUCUGGGUGCCCAAUCGCAAAUAGGAAUAAAAUGCGGGUACUGGAGUCCGGCGGUACGGUCGAGCAGCACAAGGCGGCCGUGGCGGCCGCGACGGCUAUGAAGUUCGAGGGUGUCAAUUGCCCAACGCCCGGAUGCGAUGGACUCGGUCACAUAAACGGCUCCUUCCACAGCCAUAGGUCCUUGUCGGGCUGUCCGAUAGCCAGCCACGCCGUGAAGAAACCGAAACCGGAGGACAAUAUGAGCAUGUACAGCAGAGGAAUCACCGGGUUGGAAGCCGGUGGUCCGGCUCACGGGGGUGCGGUAGGCACGGGUCAGGGUAACUCGAGCGGUAGCGGGACCGCCGGUGUCCAGGGCGAGGAUCUCUACACACUGGAGGCUGAGAUCACCGAGCUCCAGAGAGAGAACGCCCGGGUCGAAUCGCAGGUCUUGCGCUUGCGCUCGGAUAUCACCGCUAUGGAGAAUCAGCUCAAGCAGGGAGACAAGGAAACCACGACGAUAUCGCAGCGCAACAAUAAUCUGACCGAGUACUAUCAAUCGCUGCGCGACAACAUGAUCACCCUGCUGGAGCAAGUGCGAAUACCGAACGCCCCGGGCGGGCCGCAGGAGAAGAUCGGCCACGAGAACUUCGACAGUUACUUGACGAAGUUGCAGACUCUGUGCACCGCCGACGGCUACUGCGCCGACGAGAGCAACCGGCCGAUUUACGAGACGGUGAAGACCGCUCUGCAGGACUUUACGGUCCUGCCGACACCCAUCUGAGACCAUCCUUAAAGAUCGACGAUCGGGUACUGAGCGUCGCUCUCGGGACACGCGCGACCUGCAAGCGAUCCGGCGUAUUCGUGACGCAUUCGGAUCGCAGUCGUUCCGCUCUCGUUCCAUAUCGAGUACGAGUGAACGGAACGGUGCGAGAGAACGGUGCCCAGUUCCCGUAAAAACGUAUAUACUUACACGUAGGACACGUGUAAAUCGACACGAGCACACACGGGAGGGAACUGCGUCGAUCGUCUGACUGAGCUCCGCGGAUCGGCCUAUCGACUUGGGAGAAACCCGGCUUCGUGACGCGUGUGACUCGUCCGGAUAUGUUGGUGGCGAAAAAUCCGGCCGUGCGUCACACGUACCUACAUACGUACAUCGCUCGCGUGAAUUUCGGACUACCGUCACUCGGCGACACGUCAACUUUUGCGAUCCACGUGCGAUCGUCGGGGGGUGACGAUCGUCGGUGAAAGUCGUCGCGGCCGGUCGAGCAUGGCGACCGGCCCGUAGGCUGCUUAGAAUACCGCUAUAACGGCAUCUAACCGACACGACGGCUCCAUCGGGACAUCCGAGUUGAGCUAAACGGACUACUAUUUGCGGGGCCGACGUUGUGUCCCCGCAGCGAUAUAUCUUUUGUACAUAAAUGAUGUGUCUACGUCAAGUAUCACGAUCGACAGCGGUCGCUAUUGCCGCCUAUGUACAUACACAACGGGAGAAAUUGCGUUUAUAUAUUAUUCGACAGGUUGAUGGUUAAGUCGCUCUAAGUCGUGUAAAAAAAAUGAUUAAUUUAGAUUAUAUAUCGGAUUCUCGCCAUACUUAACUGUUGUGUAACUGUUAUUACCGUUUAAGCGAGGUCAGCGCGUGAUUUACAAGGGCCGGCGUGUCCGCCAACGACGCUUCUCUGCUGAAAAUCCAAAGGCUACUUAUAAAUCAAUUUGUCGGCUAACUAUUUACCAGCUAGUUGCUAUUAUUAUUAUUAUUAUCGUCAUUAUUAUCAUUAUUAUUAUUAUUGUCAUUAUUAUUACUACUAUUGUAACUGUUACAACCAGUCAGAUCGUUUUUAGCGACUAAUUCAAUCGUCAUUAUUGCUACCAUUACUCUUACUACUGUCGAUAAAAUAUAGUCACGAAGUAUACCAACGUAUUUAUAUAAUAUUAUCGAGUCUAUAAGAAAGAAAAGUGCGAUGCGUUGUCCAUAGGCUGUACAUAGUCACAGAGAUAUACAAUUAUUAUAAGGACAUAGAAUCGCUGGCGAUAAUAAGCUGCGAUUUCAGUGGGACGACGAAAGAAAGAGUGAGUGAGAGAGAGAGAAAGAGAAAGAAAGAGGAAGAGAAGAGAGAAAUGCUCACGAGGUCAUGCGUGGCCUCUACAUCAACAGCUGUCAAUCGUAAGUCCGAUGUCGAAUUUAUGCUUAUUCGAGGCGAAUGAUUAAGUCUCGAUCGUUUCAUCAAGGACACAAGGAAGGAUCGGAGCCUCGCGUUCCUUCAUGACACGACGCGACCAAUUCGGUCGGAGAAUAUUCGUUCAUAUGUGCAAUAAUUUCGGAAUGCGUUUCGCAUUCUCUCCCCUGUAUAUUCGCGAUCAUUUACGGGCGCGUCGUGAGACACGUGUACAUUUUGUAUCGACACGGUUAUUAUUGUUUCGUUAAUCUGUUUAACGUUUUAAUCUGUUUUACGUUUCCAUUUACGUUAUACGUUAUACGUUUUGUUUUACUGCUAGAACGAGGAAUACGGGGAAGCUACAGGAAUUUGUAAAUAUCGAAAUUUCGACUCAGUCGUACGAGUCGUCGCUUCUCGUUGGAGCUGUAUGAAUGUUAUUAUUACUAUAGGACACAUGCCAGAAAUUUCCGUUUUUCGCUGGUUGACUUUUUACACCUGCGUAUAAGUCAAUCGAUCGACAUAGAUGCAAGAGACUUUUAUUAACAGUAUAUUAACGCCUGAAAACAAAAUGGAAAUAUAUAACUUGAAUAUGGAUUCAUUAAAAUAAAUAUAGAUGUAAUUGAAAAGAAGAAUUUGUUAAUGAAGCGCUUAUUAUAUAGAUCAUUACUUUAUCGUAUGCGUAUUUAUUAUAGUCAACAUCAAUUAUACUGCCGUGAAAAAUGCUCUCAAUAUAUCAUAAUAUAUUUUAGAUGGUUUUAGCUGGUUUAGAUGGUUUAAUAUUUAAUUUUAACAUUCUUACUUUCUCUCUUCAAAUUAUUAUCACACACGGACUGAUAACGUCAAUAUUAUGAAAUCAUAAGAUACGGAUCAUCGUAAAAUAGCAGACAUGUCGAUCGGAUAAUCAGUGAUUUUGCCGAUAUAAAGCUACAUUGUGUUAAAAUUAUAACUACGUUCGCUACAACUAUGUGUAUCAGAUAAUGUAUAUAAAGAGAAGGGAAAAUUAAUUGUUUGUCUGGAAUGCUGAUAAGAUAGGAGAAGCCGCGUGCAGAAGAAGUAAAUAUACUUUAACCAACCACCGUGUAGUGAGAGUAAUAACAAAUUACAGAUAGCGAUAGUCGACCGACAAUUAUGAAUAACCUUGACGUUAUAAUUAUUCUUGUCACUAUCAUUAUCAUUAUAAUUACGGUUACCACUAUCCCUAUCGUCAAACAGUUCCUUUAUUUCGAGUUAGCACAAUUGGUAUAUAAAAAAGAGUCAAGAAUGAGCGGAAAAAAACAGGUAAUCAACAGUCACUACAUUUUGACUUUGCAACAGAACUCAUCUUCAAUUCCGUUGCGUUGCAAUUAAUAUACUCUGCGAUAUUUAUUAUUAUCAUCUACUAGUCUUGAUUAUUAUUGUUAUUACUAUUAUUAUUGCUAUUAUUGAUUAUUGUCAGUAUUAUUUUAUUAUUAUUAUUGCCAAAUUUAUUAUCACUAUUAUCGUUACGUUUUCGUCACUAUUGCGAUUAUGAUUGUUGCCGUUAAUAAAAAUCUACAGGUAUAUAAGUUCAAUAACAUGCUUUAAGUAAGUAUAAAUGUUACUCCGAUUGAAUAAAGGGUAUUUAUCGAUGAAUA